AUGGACCAUUCCUCCAACCACCAUUUCACUUCAUCAAUGAUAACCCUACGCUUGAACUUACACUUUAAACCCCUGGCAACCUUUUGUAUCUUAGGGUCAUCCAUGACAUUUUCAACAGCAAAGGGGUUAUUUAUCUUGAUUUCACCAAAACUAAAUCCUACCUCUAUCUAUUACAUAUCGAUAAAAUUGAGACAAGGCUCCAUAUCACGAGGAUCCAUUAUUACAAGCUCAUUGCUAGAAUUAACAUUACUAAGUUCUACAUCGCUAAGGUCUUCAAAGGGGACACCUAAAUAUGUGUUUCUUUUGUUCUCCAUAUGCAACCACAAAUGA